UAUGCAGUUCACAGAAGCAGGUAAAAAAAGUAUGCGCUUCAUCUCGGUGUUUUAUUUUAUAUUCUUCCUCUUCUACCCCUCUUUGUACUUGAAUUUGGUUGCGUAAUUUUACUUUUUAUAUAUAUUUUUGUACUUUAUAACCUUUUUUCUACAAAUAAUAACAGCACUUAUAGACAUGACGUUCCAGCUUAUUACACGACAUAUCGACGAGACACUCGAGGCCGAAAACUGGUUUACAUUGAACAAGCGAAUCAAGGCCGACCUCAUUGUGCUGUGCCAAGAGCGAGGCCUUUCAGCAGAGGGGUCAAAGUCACAGCUUAUUCAAGCACUGAUGGACUGGAAAAUCAACACGAAGCCGGUGCCGGUGCCGUCAAGCCCGCACCUGGAGCAGCUAAGCAUGCGCGAGGCCAUACUUCUGUACAGUGCAGGAGGCAAAAGCGGAGAAUCGACAGACUUUUCGGACGAAAUACCGAUUGAAAAGCUCGAGUUUGGCAGCAAAAUCGGGUCAGGCGGGUUCAAGGACUGCUACCGGGGCGAGUACCAAGGAAACGCCGUGGCCAUUGGCGAAAUCCGCAUAGCAGACUUUUCAUCAAGCGACUUUGAGGAGAUCCGCCACGAAAUCAGCGUGCUCAAGCAGCUGCGGCACGAAAACAUUGUCAAAUUCAUCGGCGUCUGCUCCAACCGCCGUCGGCUAUGUAUUGUGACGGAGCUGUGUGAAAACGGAGACCUUUUCGAUUUCAUGAGGAAGGUUCCCAAGCCGCCGUUCGGCCAGCUGAUGAUGUUCAUGCAUGAUAUAGCGCUGGGCGUGUCCUACUUGCAUACGCGCAGGCCGAGCGUUAUCCACCGAGACCUCAAAUCCAUGAAUGUGCUGAUUUCAUCGGAUAACCGUGCCAAAAUCAAUGACUUUGGUCUGGCCAGGAUUCGCCCCAGGAUGAAUACCAUGGUGCAUACGGCCUGUGGCACACCGAAUUGGCAGGCCCCCGAGUUUUGGGCGUCGCGGCCGUCGUAUACCGAGAAAGUCGACGUGUAUGCGUGCGCGCUCAUAUUUUGGGAGAUUCUGCAGUGGGGAGAGGAGCCGUAUCCGUACCACGAUAUGACGGAGCACCAGCUGUACUCGCAGGUGAGGGAUCAUGGGUAUAGGCCUCCACUGACAAGACUGCAAAAGUACCCAAAGGCUUUGUUGGACCUUAUUCAGCAGAUGUGGGCCCAGAAUCCUGUGGAUAGGCCUCCGAUGACACAGGUGGUGGAGCGGCUUUUGGAGUAUUUAUCAUGAGAUGAAAUAAAACACCUUUUAAUGAGCGCAAAAAUCCUUAGAAUACAAGUCAUCAUGAUGACCCAUUACUUAGCUUCGCUCGCUGAUUACUCAGACUGCUAAUUGAGAAUGGGUUCGAACUUAUUGAGAAUAAGAGAAAAAAU